AGGCCAGACGGGAGUUGUCGAGGUCACCGAGCCUACUGGGAAAUGGCAAAAACCUUUGUUUUUGUGGGGAAGCGAAUGUGAAAUGACGAUCGCUUGGGCCUUGGGUGGGGGACCUGGCGCUCCGUUAGUCAGGGGGGCAUACAACUCCGUUUAGACUUUUAGGCGGCAGGAGAAAUAGACUUGGUCUCGACUCCAAUGGAUGGCCACAUGGAUGGACCGUAAGGUAGGUAUAUACGAACCCACUUUUGUUUCUGUCUUGGGGCUCCUCAGGAAAGUGCGAUGGAAUGGAGAUAGAUUCCAGGGCCGAUCCGUUCGUUAUAGGUCAAGAAAGCCGACACGGCAGAGGCGAGAUGGAAGGAAGAUGGGCCAAGAACUUUGGAGGGGGGAACAUGCGACACUCGGGGGACACCAAACCCGUCCUUCCAACGCGAUAUUGGUUGCAGGAGUGUGUUCAGGAAACAGGUGAAAACGGCUUGCUGCGACACAGAAUCCGGGAACUUGAGGCGGUGUGGGAGAGCUUGAGCUUGUU